AUGAUCCUCUCUCGAACAUCAUCUUUGGUCGAUGACGACGACGACAACGUUAAUUCCACGGUGAUUGCCAUUGAUAAAGAUAAGAAUAGCCAUUAUGCCGUGAAAUGGGCUGUCGACAACCUUUUGGGCCGUAGUACUGAUCAUUGCAUUCAGCUCGUCCAUGUUCGAAAUCAAUGCUUGCAUCCUCACGAUUUUGAUCAAGCUGUCUCCAGAGAAGGUCGCCCACCAAAUGAACCCGAGCUGCAACAGUUAUUCCUUCCCUACCGUGGAUUCUGCGCUCGAAAAGGGAUACAAGCAAAGGAGGUGAUUCUCCAUGACAUUGACAUUCCAAGCGCACUUAUCGAUUAUAUUGCUCACCAUUCCAUCAGCAAUAUCGUCGUUGGUGCUUCCCAUCGGAAUGCUAUUACUAGGAAAUUUAGAGAUGCAGAUGUGCCAUCUAGCCUAUUCAAAUCUGCACCAGCAUCAUGUGCGAUCUAUGUCAUAUCAAAAGGAAAGGUUCAGUCAACCCGUCCAGCAGGUCGAUCCGAAACUUCGAGGCAGCGUUCGCAAAAGGUAGUUAGACAUACUGCUCAUCCCGAUACCCAUGACUCUGAUGAUACAAACAGAAAUUCUGUUGUUGUUGGAAGAUGGAGAAGCACAGGCUCUGACAUAUUUUCUCUCGAUAGAAGCAGCGAUUCCUUGCAUACACCACAAAGCAACUUUGGGUCUAGCAGCAGGACUAGCUCUCCAACGUUAUCAAUAGACAGUUACGCAUCAGCCAGCUCAUCCCAAAGAAAUAGUGAUUCGUCUGAGCCAUUCGGCUUCCGCCCAUACGACAUGUACUUGGACAACUUGGAAUCCUCAGUGGCCUUGGAGAGCUCCAAUAGCCCUGGCUCCUCACAAACCAUAAAAGGCAUCGAGGCCGAAAAGAUGAGACUGAGAAUUGAACUGAAACACACCAUGGAUACGUAUAACUCGGUUUGCAAAGAAGCUGUUGUAGCCAGACAGAAGGCAGGAGAACUUCAGCAAUGGAAAAAAUUUGAAGAACAGCAUAAAUUAGAGGAGGCCAAGCUUGCUGAAGAGGCUGCAUUAGUUUUAGCUGAAGUGGAGAGGCAUAAGACAAAGGCUGCCUUGGAAGCAGCCAAGAUGCAACAAAGGCUAGUAGAAAUGGAAACACAACGGAGAAAGAACACAGAAAUGCAGGCCAAGCAGGAGGCAGAAGAGAAGAAGAGAGCAAUGGAUACACUAGCAAACAAUAACGUUGUAUAUCGAAGAUAUUCCAUGACAGAGAUUGAAGUGGCAACUGAUCAUUUUAACAGUGCAUUGAAGAUUGGUGAAGGUGGAUAUGGACCUGUUUAUAAAGGCGUGCUUGAUCACACUAUUGUUGCCAUCAAGAUCUUGAGGCCAGACUUAUCACAGGGGCAACAACAAUUCCAACGAGAGAUUGAAGUUCUAAGCUGUAUCAGGCACCCCAACAUGGUUCUUCUUCUAGGUGCCUGCCCAGAGUAUGGUUGCCUUGUGUACGAGUACAUGGACAAUGGCAGCUUAGAAGAUCGGCUCUUCCGAAAAGACGACACUCCCCCAAUACCAUGGCCAACUCGUUUCAAGAUAGCUGCUGAAAUUGCCACUGGUCUUCGUUUUCUCCAAACUGACCCAGAGCCCAUAGUUCAUCGUGAUCUCAAGCCAGGAAACAUUCUUUUAGACAAAAAUUACCAGAGCAAGAUAAGUGAUGUGGGUUUGGCCCGGCUAGUGCCACCAUCUGCAGCUGAUUCUGUCACUCAAUAUCACAUGACUGCUGCCGCUGGUACCUUUUGCUACAUUGAUCCCGAGUAUCAACAAACAGGAGAAUUGAGUGUGAAAUCUGAUAUAUAUUCACUGGGUGUGGUGCUGCUGCAAAUCAUUACAGCAAGGCCUCCAAUUGGAUUAGCCCACCAGGUCGGGGAGGCCAUUGAGCAAGAAACAUUCUCGGAGAUGCUUGAUCCAACAGUGACAGAUUGGCCUAUCGAAGAGGCUCUAUCCUUAGCUAAUCUUGCUCUGAAAUGCUGCGAGAUGAGGAAGAGGGAUAGGCCAGAUCUUGGUUCGGUUUUGUUACCGGAGCUUGACCGGUUAAGGGAUCUUGGGUCUGUCUAUUUGUCCAUUAAUAAUCAGAUGAUUGCUAAUGAAACACGCUUUCCUAACUCUGAUCCGGUGAUUGGAUCAACUGUGAAUGAGGAGGAGGAGCAUGACAUAUUGGAAUUAGACAUCCAACGUAGAUCAGUAUGA